CGUUUCAGGCGGCCCCAGUGGCUGGCGGAAGGGAAUAUAAAGAUGGCGGAAAAUUUAAAAGGCUGCUCUGUGUACUGCAAGUCAUCAUGGGUACAGCUGCAGGACCUGUGCCGCCUGGCCAAGGUGGUAUGUCCCGACCUGGGUGUCACUCGUCGCAACCUCAGCCACUUUGAGGUGGAGUACCUGUGUGACUACAAGCGUGUGCGGGAGGAGGAGUUCUACCUGGUGAAGUGGCGAGGUUACCCUGAGUCGGAGAGCACGUGGGAGCCCCGUAAAAACCUGCGCUGCCCCGGCGUCCUCAAGCAGUUUCAUCAGGACCUGGAGGCAGCACUACAGCGCUGGUCCCGACCUGGCCGGCCCCGGAGGCCUCCACUCCAUGGCCUGGAGCCCCUUGUGGCUGCCUACCUGCUGCAGAAGGCCAAGCAGCGGCGAGCCUUGUGGCGCUGGGAGUGCCAGCUCAAUGCCAAGCGCAGCCACCGUGGCCGCAUCACUGUGGAGAACGAGGUGGACCUGGAUGGUCCCCCCCGGGACUUCAUCUACAUCAACGAGUACAAGGUGGGGGCUGGCAUCACCCUCACCCAGGUGGCCGUGGGAUGCGAGUGCCAGGACUGCUUGGCCCAGCCGGCUGGCGGCUGCUGCCCUGGUGCUUCACGCCACCGCUUUGCCUACAACGAACAAGGGCAGGUGCGGGUGCGGGCUGGGCUGCCCAUCUACGAGUGCAAUGCCCGGUGCCGCUGUGGCCCUGACUGCCCCAACCGUGUGGUGCAGAAAGGCAUCCGCUAUGACUUGUGCAUCUUCCGUACCGACAACGGCCGGGGCUGGGGCGUGCGCACGCUUGAGAAGAUCCGCAAAAACACUUUUGUCAUGGAGUACGUUGGCGAGAUCAUCACAUCGGAGGAGGCAGAGCGGCGGGGGCAGAUCUAUGACCGCCAGGGGGCCACGUACCUCUUUGACCUGGACUACGUAGAGGACGUCUACACUGUGGAUGCUGCCUACUACGGCAACAUAUCCCACUUCGUCAACCACAGCUGUGACCCCAACCUGCAGGUGUACAAUGUGUUCAUUGACAACCUAGAUGAGCGCCUGCCACGCAUCGCGCUCUUCGCCACCCGGCCCAUCCGUGCCGGCGAGGAGCUCACUUUUGACUACAACAUGCACGUAGACCCAGUGGAUGCAGAAAGCACGCGCAUGGACUCGAACCUGGGGCUGGCCGGGGGCCUGGCUGGGUCCCCCAAGAAGCGCCUGCGCAUCGAAUGCAAGUGCGGGGCACCUGCCUGUCGCAAGUACCUCUUCUAGCCCCCCCAGAGCCAGCUGCAGUGGCACCCACAUACUCU